AUGUGCGAUUCUCCCGACCACUGGACCGACGGUGAAACGGGAUUGAGGUUGGAGGUCACGCCGGGACCCACGCAUGAGUGGCAUUCUGAGUGGAGGGAAAGACUGCUAGAAGCACGUACAUCGUACGGCCCAGCUGGCCCUCCCCCUUACCCUCCCUUCAAUCGUUCUCCGGCUUGGGAAAACAGACCAGUCACUCGAGAUCAUCCCCAUCCCCUUUACUGGGAGCCAGACUCCGUGCAGAAGCUGGCAUGGGAGGAAAGUCAGCAGAAUCAAGAGCAGAAUCAAGAGCAGGGUGAUGAGCCAGAUGAUGAGGAAGGUACCGAUCUGGAGUCAGAGCCAGAGGAGGCAGGUCCAUCCUACAUCCCCGAAUCUCUUCGCCACCUUCCAUACUUCGCCAACCUGCACCGUGCCGGCCACAGCAGCGCCCUCUCAACUUCCCCGCUAGCCGAGCAGUCGAACACUGGCACACAGCCGUCCAAGCGCGACAAAGGGAAAGGCAAAGCCGUUGAUCCUCCUACCACCACUACCGAGUCCAGAACCGCCCCUGUCGCUGGUCCCUCGUCUGCCUCUGCUCCCACUUCCGCCUCCAACAUUGACGGACCCACUACCACCGGCGCUGUCAUCAGCGCUGCCAUCGACAACACCGCCACUACCGCGGUCACCAAAGAAGAGACCAACCAGGAGACUACGGCAAACGAUGCCGAUAAGAGCACCAUCAACUUGCAGCCCAGAGCCCGCAAGAUCAAGAUCAAGACUCCUGCCAAUAAGAAGGACAUCAAAGGCAAGGGCAAAGCGGUCGACAAAUCCAACAAUACCAACAACAACACCCACAAAAUCACCAAGCCCAGAAUAAUCAAGCGCUCGCAGGUCGUCAAGGAAAAAUACUGGGUUUUCAAGCUUGAUUCCUCCAUGUUCAUAAAAAGCGGUCGCAUCAGGGCGGAGUUAACAAAUCCCAAGGGCAACAACAAGAGCAAGGCCAAAGAAAAGGGGAAGGCGACGGUGUUUAGCAGUGCCAACGACAAUGGCGGAGAAAACGGCGAAGGCAGCAGCAGCAUGGCCAGUAGCAGCAAGACCGCCACGGCCAUCAACAAUGGCAAUGACAACAAUAGCGACGACAACUCCGAAGACGAGUUGGCCCUGGGCCAAGACAGCGAUGAUUGCGACAGCGGCAGCGAGACAGAUGACAGCAAGGACAGUAAUUUUACUCUCACGUCCAAAUCCAAGAAGGGCAAAGUCACUACCGCCGCCGCCUCCACUACCGACCCUAGCACCACCAUCACUACCGCAUCCAGCUCCCACUCCAGCGCGAACAAGCGCAAACGCACCACUACCGACACAGGCGACGAAGAACAAAACGCCUAUUACGUUCUCCGCUGUCCGCUCGACCAAAAUUGCAUGUCCCAUUCCAACUCCACCCACAACGCCCCAGCAAGCAUCAAAGGGGUCUUUUGCCGGCACCCCUUCAAGAAGCGCCGAGCAAUGGACCACAUCAAAACAUGCGGAUUACAAGGGGAACUUGUUAGUGAAGAACAUAUAUGGAAGAAUUGUUGUAAGAGGGUGGUUCCGGACAGAAAGAACACACCUGUCAACGAUGAAUGGGCUGUGAAACACAACAGGACUUUGAUCCGGAGCUUGGUUCACAAGGCCGGGGGUGGAAAAGAGGAGAAGGAGAAGAUGGAGAAAGAGAUGGAGGAGGAGCUUUGAUCUUGCUUUCUCCUGUUCUCCUUCCCUCCUCGAUCACCUUGGAGAGUGUGUUGUUUGUUUCAGCUCGUUGAUUUUUGUCGGCCUUUGUUUGAGGGUUGAAGCUUUAGGUCUGAAAGCGAGCGAGGAGUUAUGGCGUUAUGAAGUCAUGAAGUUAUGGUUAUGGUUGAUGACAAGCAAGAAGCCGAAAACAAGGCGACUUGGUACGAGACAAAUUGGCUCGGGCGGAAACAAGCCUUGAGAAACUGUCGUAC